AUGUUGAAGAAAUUUAGUUUAGUCACUAACGAUGGAAUGAAUUGUGACGCGGGAUUUAAAUACAUUAGAACUAAAGUCACGGAUUCAGAGUUGAAGAAAAUUAUGAAUGAUUCUUUUGACAAGUUUUGUGUAGAAGCACCCAAAUAUGCUCCAAUAAGACAGCAAUUGACGAAUAUUGCUAAGUCAGUGUAUUGUUUUAUUUGA